GUCGCGUCAUUGGUGCAGACAUUCAGCGGUUGUUGUUGUUGUACAUUAUCUUAGGUUACCGCUAGUUUAUUGUCUAUUUUGUUACCUUUCAUCUGUCGCACAGAUGGAAGACAGUAGUGCGUUCCGCCCGUCAGCAGGUAAUCUGGAUGACCCCCCAAAUAGCCGUGUCUUCCUGGUGGUCAGUAAAUCGGUAACCGAGGAUAUGAUUCGGGAUAGGUUUUCUGAAUUCGGUGACAUCCAGGACAUCUGGGUGGUAAAAGACAAACAGACCAAAGAGUCCAAGGGGAUCGCGUUUGUCAAAUAUGCCAAGUCCUCGCAGGCCUGCAGAGCUAUGGAGGAAAUGCACGGCCGAUGCCUCAGUGAGAGCAGCAAGCCUAUUAAGGUUUUUAUUGCACAGUCACGGGGUUCUUCAAGUCACCGGGAUGUGGAAGAUGAAGAAUUAACAAGGAUUUUUGUAAUGAUCCCUAAAUCGUACACAGAAGAUGAUGUCAAGGAAAAAUUUAAGGCCUACGGACAAAUUGAGUAUUGCUCAAUAAUUAAAAACAAAAACACCGGGGAAAGUAAAGGAUUGGCAUACGUGCGGUUCCUCAAACCUUCACAAGCUGCCUUGGCAAUAGAGAACUGUGACCGAAGUUAUAAGGCAAUCUUGGCAGAACCUAAAAACAAAGGAGCAACUUCAGAGCCGGAUUACCAUAGCAGUCAGAGGCAGCAAGAACCAUUAAUUCACGACCACGCCACCGCUUUAUAUUCAUAUGAAUAUGAUUAUUCUGCUUAUGACAAGUUGUCGGAUUCCAGAACCCAGGAAGCGGUGUCUAAGCGACUGAUGGUGGUUUCAAGGGUUCCUCUGGUUCAAGAGCAGAUCUACAGUUUGUUUGAUCUUAUUCCAGGACUUGAGUACUGUGAGGUGCAGCGUGAUCUGUACUCUAGCUACGGACACGCCAUAGUUCAAUAUCAAAACAUCUCAUCUGCUAUUUAUGCCAAAUACAAGCUACAUGGUUUUGAGUACCCACCUGGAAAUCGACUUGGUGUCACUUACUUAAAUGACGGUGGAGAUGGCACAGAUCUUCUUAGGAAAAUGGCAUCGCAGAUGGUGGCGGCUCAGGUAAACUCAAUGGUAUGGAAUUCCCAAACUCCUCAGCAGUAUCCUGCAACUUCAGCCUAUGAUCGAGCAUAUACCUCCUCUGCCACAUCUCAACUUCAGACAGACGCUACCCUUCCAGGAUACAAAAAGAAGGCUCCAAGUGAUGCACAGUCGAAGGAGAGGCUUUUUAUUGUGUUUAAUCCUCACCCAUUAUCCUUGGAUGUAAUGGAAGAUGUGUUCUGUCGUUUUGGGAAUCUAAUAGAAGUGUAUAUUGUACCUGGAAAAAAUGUUGGUUAUGCCAAAUAUGCGGAUGUGUCGAGUGCAAACGAUGCUAUUGCAGCUUUACAUGGAAAGAUGGUGAAUGGAGUCAAGCUGAAAGUGAUGCAGGCAGAGUCUCCAAGAGACGAGUCCAACAAGAGACAGAGAACGUACUGAUUUUCUUUUAUUCAGAACAGAGACUAAGUUAUGACAUGACCCUCAGCUGACUGACUGAAUUGUGACUGGAGACAGCUUUUAUGUAAUUUAGUAAACAGUUGUAUCAAAAUUCCUUUUCACGGAAGAAAAAAAGAUAUUAAAAUAUCUACAUUUCGGGAAACUUUUUUUAAUGGUAAUUAUUAAUAAUAAUGCAAGUUGCAAUGUUUCGUCAACCGUUUAACACAUUUUUCAUUGUUCGAGUUAUGCAGAACCUGUAUUUCUUGCCUUAAAUAAAUGUUUUGAUUUGAAAAGU